UCUUAUCAGUGUGGCUGCGCGUGGAGCGGAAGUCCCGUUGUCUCAAAGGAGGAGUUGGGGCUUUGCGUGGUGUGAUCGCCGUGUGAUGAGAAGGUUCCUUGAAAAAAGGUGAGCGGAUACCUUAUCCCUAGAGCAGUUCCUUUUAUAUGCCGUGCCAAUUGCCUGUAUGCAGGCAAACCCGAGUGUUCCUUCGUUUGCUGUGUUCCGGGAAGCCCACAUUCCACUGAAUAUCCUUUUUUUUAUAUUGCAAAUGUUACGUUAAAUCGAUACUUUGUUUGCGUCGGGGAUCGAUUCAGAAACCAUAUUCACGAACCAGACUGCAGCAGCUAACCGACCUGGCCAGUUCUGCAGUGCCGUCGCUCUGAACACGCAGCUCCAUAAAGCAGGGAUCCGAGAACCGAAGUGGACGAUUUGUACUGCUGACCCCCGAAUGCGGGAGCAUAGUAAUAGCGCGGUGUCUGCUUGGCGGUGCUCAGGGGAUGCCGACUGACUGGAGACGGUCGCCGGGGCUCGAGUUAUACUCUAGACGCCGCAUUCCCUCACGAUUCGGAAGAAAAGGCUCUUCUGAGAUCGUCCGAAGGCUUGGUGACCCCAAAUUAAAUUAGUCACACGUCGACGAGCACAUAUGAAUCCGCUUUCAAGCCUGUCCGACCGAGCGUUGUCACGUCUGAGGGGACUGGCUAGGGAGAGGAAUGUGUGAAGGUAAUUAAUUACUGUGCUUGACUGAGUUGACAUAAUCACCUGAUCAAAGUUAUGAUGUUUACCGAGAAAAACAGCACUACAGUCCCUCAGAAGUCUGGGCAGAAGAAGACAAGACCACAGGGUCUUCCGUCUCCAGCUCUUUGUUGUGCCUGUGGCCUCUGUAUCAUGUUGGCAGGGAUUAACAUCACUCUCGUGGGGGCCUUUGCCUUUGGCACCUUCUUGCCAGUGAACAAUCCUCCCAUCAUUAUUGGGCCCAUUUUGCUGGUGGUUGCUUUUACCUUUUUUGUAGCCUGUUGCAUCUGUAGUCGGAGACCCCCUGCCCAUGGUCAGAGGAAGUCCAAACCUGGAUCCAAUAUUGGUAUCAUCAAGCCCGGUCACGCUACAUUUGAAAUUGAGACUAGUGAGCACACUGUGCAAGACACAACUGCAGUCCAGCUCAGUCCAACAAACUCACCAGUGUCUUCGAAGAAGUCUACCCCAGUACAUGAAAACUCAAAGACAUGUAAACUCUUUACAAUGGAUGGCAACAACCCUGGAGCUAAGUAUACACCUGGAGCUGAGGCGGUACAGCUGAACUUACCCCAGGACGUGGAUUCAUCCUCAUAGAACUGGUCUGAGCUUUGAUUACAAAGCUUCUUUCAUUGUACAGUGCCAUGGCUAAGCCUCUUGAAACUUUCACCAGCAGAAAUCCAUGUUUAAAUUCAAAAAAACCUAUGUCCAUACCAUGAUGAAAUUCAGUUUUAAAGUCUGUUUUCUGUGAACAGAGACAUUUCAACAUCUCCUGCCAUCUUAUUGAGGAAGGCCAAAUAUAAUUCAAUGAGAAUAAUUUUUAAGUGUAACAGUGAAAUUUGAAAAAUACAAAAGCAGCAUUUGACUGUAACUUCACUAGACCCAAUUUGCACAGAUGUCAUCUGCACAAAUUGCAAGUGACCUAAUCUGAUUAAUUGAAGAGUGGAUGAAUCUAAAACUAUAUUUGCCAAAAACAUACUUUUGUCACAUAUGCACUGUUCUAUCCUUGCCCCUAUUAAUAAUUUGGAGCUAAAUGCAAGAACUGUUUAUUUUAAUUCACAUUUAACUGAUUUAGUAAAAAGAUGUUAGAACAUUGAACUUGUUAGCAAAUUUUGAGAAAACCAAAUCUCCCUUGAAUGCUUUGGUAUUCAUUUGAAAUCCCUUCAAUGGCUUACAUUCUUUAUCAAUGCUCCAUUAUUGCUGAAGUGAUUAACCAGCAGGAUCAAGGAAAGUCGGCACAAGGAAUACAGCAUGAUGUAACAUUAAGCAUGCUUUCUCCCUUUUUAUCAGUUUUUGAUAAUAAAUGUAGUUGGCAUAUUUUAAAUGGCACCUUUCCUGAACACUGUUGUCCAGAUGAAUAUUGUGAGGUAAUAAAACUGGCAAGGGAUAGAAAGAGAAGUAUUAAACAUCUGUAAAUGCCAAUCAUGGUAUAUAUUAUGUAUUUAAGAUUGAAUGUGUGAGGUUUUUUUGAAAGUGCAAGGAAAUUUUAUUUAACUAAGCAUUUUUUCCAAACCGUCAUUGUGUAAGUAUCAGUUGUAAUUCUCAACAGAAAGUUAAUUCUAAAUAAAUGUUUUCUUCUAUCUG